AUGGCGGACCUGCGUCAACAGGAGGUCCUAAAGAACCAGCUCAGUACUCUCAGCACCUCGCUCGGGGGCAAUUUGCCCCUCGACGAUGCGAUUCGCGAUGGCAAGUGUUCUUCUUACCAUUAUGUUGCCGGUAAUUUAGGAAGACGACAACUUGAGGGUGAAUACAUGGGUAUGAAAGAGCUACACAAAUUAGCUCCAGGAUUUGUACCGAAGCCCAUUGCGUGGGGCGAGCUGAAGAGUAUCGUCUCCGCAACCUAUUUUCUGUUGAUGGAGUUCAGAGAUUUCGUCUUAGGACUGCCUAACCCAGUAAAACUGGGUAAAAGACUGGCAGAAAUGCACAAGAAAAGUGAAUCACCCACAGGAAUGUUUGGGUUCGGUAUUCAGACCUUUGAUGGAGCUCGAUUGCAGUCAGUGUCUUGGGAUCCGAGCUGGACAUCGUUCUUUUCCAAGCUGCUUGCUGAGGCGUACCGACAGGAUACAGAGACCAAUGGAGUUUGGCCGGAAUUGAAAGUGGCAUUCGAACGCGUACAGUCUCAUCUGAUCCCACGCCUUUUGGGUGUAUUAGAGACAGAUGGAAAUUCGGUCAAGCCAUGUCUGAUACACGGAGACUUGUGGGACGGCAAUGUUGCGACAGACGCCAACACUGGAGAUCCGGUCAUAUUCGAUUGUGGAGCUUACUAUGCGCACAACGAGAUGGAGUUGGGUAUCUGGCGAGCAGAAAGGCAUGAACUCAGAGACAAAGUCUAUCGACGUGAAUAUCUUCGCAACUUUGAGCCCAGCGAACCCGAGGAGGAAUGGGAUGACAGAAACCGCCUCUAUAGUGCCAAGACAAACUUCAUGCACUCCGCUUGCUAUGCAGGCUCUCCAGCAAGGCAACUGGCUUUCGAUGACUUUGUCUAUCUCAUACAUAAAUAUGUGCCAUGGGAUGAAGGCUCUGCGGAGUGGAUUCAGCCCCGAGCGCGUACAUAUGUGGCGGGGUUGGUUGAGCAGCGCAUACUGGCGGCGUCGUCCGUUGCGAUGUCGCCAAUACAGUUCAAGAUUGCACAGAGAGCGCUAGACCGGGUCCAGGGCAACAUAAUGCUGACAUCAUCUUCGUACAUGGUCUUGGAGGCUCAAGCAGGUUGUCAUGGUGCCGUAAUAAAGAUCCGGCCUUAUUUUGGCCGCAAGAAUGGCUACCCCUCGACCAAGAUUACGCUGGGCGUUGCGGAUUUUGCCAAGAAUCUUCUUUACGAUUUGUUGUACGGCCGGGACCAAAGUGGCAAGAGCUUUGAGCUAGGGCGGAUGCCAAUAAUCUUUGUGACUCACUCUAUGGGUGGCCUCGUUUUCAAAAAGGCAUAUCUCGAUGGCCAACUCGAUGACCGUUAUGCGCCAAUCAUCCACGCUGUCAAGGCUGUUCUCUUCCUAUCCACACCUCACAGGGGCGCAGAUCUCGCGAAUUUUCUGCAGAAGGUUUUAUCGGCGGCCCCUAUAAGCUCCCCUAAGCAAUAUGUAGCCGAUCUUGUCAAGAAGGGCCCAUUUCUACAGAUGGUGAACGAGCAAUUUCGACAUUGUGCCCCAAGCUUGCAAAUCUUCUCCUUCUAUGAGACCCUUCAGACACCUGUUGGGUUCACCUCUGCAAUGGUGCUCGAUCAAGAAUCUGCGAAGUUGGGUUAUCCUGGGGAAGUAUCCCGGUCCCUCAACGCGGACCAUCAUGGUGUUUGCAAAUUUGUUAGUGUAGAAGACAGCAAUUACAAAGUAGUUCUGUCAGCACUGAAGUCACUAGUGUCAACUUAUUCGCCCACUGAACAUCUUCGUGAAGAAGGUCGUCUCGUGCAGCACUUCUUUUUCAGGAACGGGGACGAAAGCAAACGUUCGAUAUCGGCAUUUCUCAGGUCCAUUGCAUAUCAAACCGCUACCCAGAUUCCAGCCUUUCGGCGUUCAUUACUUGCUCUCGCAGACGGUGGCUAUAAAAUUCGAGAAGCUGAUUGGAGAUCGACAUGGACGAAACUAUUCGUUGGCUUGCUGUUCCAAAUGGAUGUCCUGGCGCCACAAUAUUGGAUCAUCGAUGGGCUAGAUGAAUCUGGAUCCCCUCAGCAUAUCUUCGAUAUGCUUGCAGAUAUCUCAGCCUCUUCAUCGCCGAUAAACUGCCUUGUCACAAGUCGCUGGAGUCCUGUCCUGUCAUCAACCUUUGAUAGGGUGCAGUCCAGGAUCACAUCUUCAGCUUUGUCAUUGAAUCAAGAGCUGACUGAUAUACGCAAGUACACGGAAGAAGAAUUGAGAUAUUUAGGCUGGAACGCCUCCGUUAAAGACGAAGUCAUGGCGAAAAUUGUUGAACAUUCAAACGAUAACUUCUUAUGGGUAUAUUUGGUGUUGGAAGAGGUCAAAGACUGCCACACGGAAGAUGACGUUCGUGAAAGACUUGAAGAGCUGCCACCAGGAAUGGAAGAAUUAUAUCAGCAUAUGGAGGACACAAUUCGGCGCAUUCGGCGGCCUUCCGACCAAGGUCUUUCUCGCCAGCUUCUUCUAUGGGCUAUGUAUGCCCGGCGAUCCAUCUCUGUCAACGAGCUUUUGUCGGUACUCGAACCAGAAUUCGGCCAACUACUUGACAUCACGAGUACCAUCAGCAGACUUUGCGGGCACUUCAUUGCUGUGGAAAGUCAUGACAGAAUUGCGCUGUUGCAUCAAUCAGCUCGAGAAUACCUGAUGCAGACCAAAACUUUACCUUUUUUUCUCGGAUCUCUCGGAGCUCAUCUCGAGCUGUUUGAAAAGUCCCUCGGCGCUUUCAUGAAGAGAGAAAUUCGUUCGAUAUUGGAUCCCAAUGAGCUGAAAUGCUUCGAAUAUCGAGCUACAUCCUGGCCCCAUCACCUCGAGGCUAUCAAGCAGCCAGACGAUUCCGACCAACAACUAGACCUUCUCGUCAAAUUCUUCACACAGCCAUAUGUUUUAAUAUGGAUUCAGGUUUUGGCCGCGAUAGGCCAGCUCAAGGUGCUAGUUGAGGCUUCACACGCAGUGAACACUUUCGUGCAUCGCAAGCGUCGCAUCGAUGUCACUCGCGACGCUGCAUCUCGGAGAUUCGAAGAUUUAGAGCUUCUUGACAGUUGGUCACACGACUUGCUGAAAUUGCCCGGCAAGUUCGGUAGCAGCCUAGCGCAAGAUCCAUCGUCCAUAUUCACAUCAGUUGCCUCGUUCUCACCAUUGAAAUCGGCAGUCUAUCGUUACUUUCACAAAACUUCUGCAUCAUCAGUGUCUGUCCGUGGCUUGCCAGAUGAUUGGGAUGAUUGUCUUGCGAGAGUGACUUUGGGAGCUGGUUCCCGAGCAACUUUGAUAGCAUCAUCAGGGCGAUACCUCGCUGUCGCGGAUGAUCUUGGGACUGUAGUCUUGUGGGAUUGCUCGACGUUCCAGCAGACCCAUCGUCUUAUGCACCGAGAACGGAUUUCAGCAAUUUGUUUCAACUCCCGUGGUGACCAAAUUGCGACGUAUGGGUUUGACACCACAAAAAUAUGGUCUCCUCACUCGGGCAAGCUCCUACGGCAACUCACUAAUAUCCGGGAUCUGGGUGCGCUCUGCCUGAACUACGUGGAAAAUGACACGAUACUACUCAUUGGUUCAGAUCGCCGGUGUAUACUCGAAAAUAGACUCGAACGCCGCGAUUCCACGUGGAAAGUUUCGGACCCCUCGCUGCUCAAUGACGUUGACAGCCUCCAAGGAACGCAACUCAACUCUCCAUCAGCGUUGGCUAUCAGCCCAGACGGCAGCAUGGUGGCGGCCGCUUAUAGAAGAUUCCCACUGACAAUCUGGUCUAUCAAACCGCCUAAGAUUAUCAAAAGAUUUACCCGAGAACGAAUUCUAGGCCGUCCUAGUGUCCCAUUACCUUUCGCCAGCAAAAUUUCCUGGCAUCCGAGCAGUGGAGAAAUUCUUGGGCUAUUUCUAGAUGGAUACUCUUUCAGAUAUUCAAUUCUUGACGACCAGCUCGAGGAGCAUCCACCAGACCCUGCACGAAUGCCAGCCGAUAUACACUGUAGUCCUGAUGGCUUAGUAUAUGCGAUUCGCGGCAUAGGCGGAACCAUCAAACUCUACGAUUAUCACAGCGCCACCCUUAUCUACCAGCUGACUUCCAAAGGCGACUCUGUAAGCUCUUUCUGUUUCAGCCAGGACGGUCGUCGGUUCUUUCAGCUCCGAGGGAAUCACUGCACUGUGUGGGAGCCGAACAGUCUCAUCAGGCUGUCCGGCGCUGAUGAUCAUGCUGCGAAUAGCCAAUCAUCUCCAGAGGAAAGCAUAGAAGCAUCGAACGUUGCGUCGGAGACCUUGACGGAUGAAAAGCCUCCAAUCAUGGUGGUCACCCCGUCUCCAAAAAUGCCUCUCGUCUGCUUGGGAGAUGAAGAUGGCCUCAUCGAGCUGUUGGACCAUGAAGCCUUGCAAAGACUUGAAGUAGGAAGGACCGCUACUGAAUUGAGCAUCGAACACGUGGCGUGGGGCGCCCGUGGUGAUCGUCUUUGCUACUCCGAAGUCAGCGGGCGACUCACCGUUAUCGACAUUGCGAUGACCUCUUCAGGCAGUUGGCAGUGUCACAGGGUCAAACGCUUCAAGCCUGCCUUGGCACAGAAGGGAAUCCUUCAAAUAAUGCUUGUACCCGACGGUGAAUCGAUUCUUGCCCUGUCUCAAGAAACGGUGCAACGCUUGUCACUUGCAUCGGCAGAAGUUCUGGCAACAAUUAAGUUGGAUGAAUGUGCUCUUCUGGCCCAAUGGGUGGCACAUCCAACAUCAGAGCAACAUGUUAUUUCCAUCAGCGCUCAAUCUGCUAAAGUCUACCGAUGGUCUGACUUGAAACAGGUGGCUGCCUUUCCAUUGCCCCAAACUGCGUUCCAGAGGCGACCAACAAUGAUAGAAGUGAACCUGUCCACACCAAACCAAAAGGACUCUAGCGAAACCAUCUUCAAAGUUGAGGAGAAGAUAGACUUGGUUCUGUCAACUCACUUAACCGGUCAUGUCCUACUCCGGACGUCACGACUAAGCUCAUCUUCUAUCCUAGUACCCAGGUUGCAAGUCCUGAUCACCCCAGAUAGGCCAAUAUCUCCAGAUCUUGGCUCCAGUGGUAAUCUCGUCUUCCUUGACGUACCGUCCGCAGUCGCAGAACAAACAGAACUACCCCUCAAUAUCCUUCCAAAUGAACGCCUUGUGUUCAUUGACCGAUGUUUUAGAGUCUGCACGUGGCCUUUGCGUUCAAAGAAAGGCACUGAGGAUAUCAAGCGCCAUUUUUUCAUUCCCAGAGACUGGUUGCCAGAACAAAACCUCAGGCUCAUUCAUGUCACCCGUCAGGGUUCAAUUCUAUGUCCUCGAAGCGAUGGUUUUGUUAUCAUCGAGAGUUCCAUGGCUUCUGAGUGGUAA